AUGGCUGCUGGGAAAAGAUUUGCUCUUCUUCUGUGUGCAAAAGACACAGAUUACGUGAAGAGUAACUAUGGAGGAUACUAUGGGGUGUUCGUUGGAAUGCUGGCGGAUGAAGGGGAGACAUGGGACGUGUACCGUGUCGAAGGUGGCGAAUUCCCCGACGACAAGGCGAUCGGAGAAUACAACGGGUUUGUGAUCAGCGGAAGCUGCGGCGAUGCCCACGGCGAUGAUGUCUGGAUAUUGGGUAGAGCAUUGGGAGGAAAGACUGGUCGAGCCAUCUCAGGGUGGGAUAUUGGAGUGAGAACUAUUCAUUUCUCAUCAUCAUCAUCAUCGUCAUCAUCGAAGCUCUUCACAUCUCUCAAACUUCCUUCUCCAUUGUCUGUGAUCGAAUGCCAUCGAGAUGAGGUAUGGGAAGUUCCUGCGAAAGCCGAAGUGAUUGCAUGGUCCGAUAAGACGGGGGUCGAGAUGUUCAGGUAUGGUGAUCACAUAAUGGGCAUCCAAGGUCAUCCAGAGUACACCAAGGACAUUCUUCUUCAUCUUGUUGAUCUUCUUCUUCACCGCAAUAUGAUUAUGGACUCUUAUGCUGAUGAAGUGAAGGCUAGAGUGGAGUCAAGUGAGCCAGACAGGGGUGCUUGGAAAAAAUUGUGUAUCAGCUUUCUCAAAGCUGGAUUGUGA